UCCAUCAAUUCUCAUCUCUAACCAAAUUAAGCAAGCACAAACAGUCCCAUCAAUGGUCCAUGCAAGAAUCUUUUCCUAAUUACCACCAACUUUUUUUCUCUCUACAUAGAGAAAUUAAGAGAGCUCUCAGAGUUCUCCCAAACACUUCAAAUAGCCAUGACCUCUCAGAGUUCUGCAACUCAGCUCAAUGGUAAGCCUGAAAUGGCCUCAUUCUCGGUUCUCAGCGCCGAGGAGCCUCCAUCUCUAUGGACUGAGCUCACUUCCACAAUCAAAACUGCAGUUUCUCCUUGUGGAAGCAAGCCAAACUAUUCAAUUCUCCAAUGCACUGCUUCAGCCUUCAAGGGUCUUUUCCCUAUUCUCAACUGGGGAAGAAAGUAUGAUUUGAAAUCAUUUCGAAGAGAUCUUUUGGCUGGGCUAACUAUUGCUAGCCUUGGCAUUCCACAGAGUAUUGGGUAUGCUAAUUUGGCAAAGCUCGAUCCUCAAUAUGGCCUUUAUACGAGCGUGGUACCACCUCUAAUCUAUGCAGUAAUGGGGAGUUCAAAUGAACUCGCGAUCGGUCCAGUUGCAGCGAUAUCUCUUCUGUUAUCAUCCAUGAUUCAGAAAGUAGUAGAUCCAUCAGUUGAUCCUACUACUUACACAAAGAUUGCUUUUACUGCAACUUUUUUUGCUGGCAUCUUUCAAUCCGCUUUUGGACUUCUCAGGUUGGGGUUUUUGGUGGAUUUCCUUUCUCAUGCUGCAAUUGUUGGAUUCAUGGGAGGAGCGGCGGUUGUUAUCGGGUUCCAGCAGCUUAAAGGACUGCUUGGGAUUUCUCAUUUCACGAACAACACUGAUGUGGUUUCUGUUUCUAAGGCUGUUAUCUCUGCCCUGCAUGAAUCCUGGCACCCUGAAAAUUUCUUCCUUGGAUGCUCCUUCCUCAUAUUCAUAAUGAUCACAAGAUUCAUAGGGAGAAAAAACAGGAAAUUAUUCUGGUUACCAGCCAUAGCUCCUUUGAUCUCCGUGGUUCUAUCUACUUCCAUAGUUUUCCUAACAAAAGCAGAUAAACACGGCGUUAAAACUAUACAACACGUUAAAGGUGGAUUAAACCAAAGCUCAGUGAGCCAGUUGCAGCUAAAUGGUUUAUAUGCUGGAGAAUCUGCAAAGAUUGGGUUGAUUUGUGCAAUUGUAGCUCUUGCGGAGGCUAUUGCUGCUGGUAGAUCAUUUGCAGCAAUUAGAGGAUACCAACUUGAUGGGAAUAAGGAAAUGAUGGCUAUGGGAUUCAUGAACAUUGCUGGGUCUCUAUCCUCUUGUUAUGUUGCAACAGGCUCCUUCUCUCGGUCAGCAGUAAAUUUCAGUGCAGGAUGCAAAACACCCAUUUCAAAUGUAGUCAUGGCCAUUACAGUAUUUCUAUCCUUAGAAUUCCUCACAAGGCUAUUGUACUACACUCCUUAUUCUAUACUUGCAUCCAUUAUCAUUUCUGCCCUCCCAAAUCUCAUUGAUGUCAGUGAAGCUUACCAUAUUUGGGAGGUCGAUAAAAUGGACUUCUUAGCUUGUAUUGGAGCAUUCCUCGGUGUUCUGUUCGGAUCAGUAGAGAUCGGUCUUGUGGUGGCGAUGGUCAUAUCUUUUGCAAGGAUCCUAUUAAGUUCAAUCAGAUCGCGCAUUGAAAUACUUGGAAGGAUCCCUGGAACUGACAUAUUUUGUAGCACAAGACAUUAUACAAUGGCUACAAGAACACAUGCAUUGCUCGUAGCUCGUAUAGACACAUCCUUCCUUUGCUUCACUAAUGCAAACUUCAUCAGAGAAAGGAUUACAAGAGCAAUAAAAGAAGAGGGAUCAAUAGAGGAGAAAGGCGAAGAAAGAAUCCAUUCCUUAGUCAUCGACAUGUCAAAUGUAAUGAAUAUGGACACUUCUGGAAUUGCUGCCCUCGAAGAGAUAUAUAAGAAUCUGGCCUCUAUUGGUAUUCAGGUGGCCAUAGCCAAUCCCGGGCUUCAAGCGGUUCACAAGAUGAAGCUAUCAAAGUUUGUGGAGAGGAUCGGAGAGCAGUGGAUAUUUCUCACAGUGAGUGAAGCAGUGGAAGCUUGCCUUGACUUUAGGAAGAGCAAUGCUUGUUAAAAACUAAUGAUGGUGUUUGUGUUAUCUAAUCUAAUGUGUUGUUUAAUAUAAUGAUGGUGUGAUCGAAAUAAGACCCACUCUGUGUCUGGACUCAACACAGUGGGGUUUAUACAAAUAACAUAUAUUUUGUAGGAGAUUCGUAUUCUGAAAAGAAUAUUAUAUAUAUGUGUGUGUGUGUGCGCUCUCCGUGUUCUCCUCUGUAAGGCUGAUAUGGAAGAGCAAAAAGCAACUUCAAGGCGAAUUUGCAUGCAGUGGGAAUCCUAUAAGUUUUGUUAUCGGCUGAUUUUCG